AUGCCGCCCUUAAAUCCAAAAGGGAAGAAAGCGAUCAUUACUGGCGGAGGCUCGGGAAUCGGUCUUGGCUUCGCAAAAGCCUUAUACGAUAAUGGCUGCUCUGUCCUCAUAGCCGACCUCACCCUCCACGCCUCGGCCAAAGAAUGGCUCCAAAGUAUCAAAAGUCGCUCCUCCCCAAUGGUUCGAUUUCACAAAACCGACGUUACAGAUUGGACACAGCUCGAAUCUGCAUUCGACGCUCUCGAGAAAGAAUUCUAUGGAGCCCCCGACAUCAUUGUCCCUGGUGCAGGGGUCUACGAGCCUUCGUCGAACAAUUUCUGGGCUGAUCUAGAUAGUGCAUCGCACUACAAAGUCUUUGAUGUCAAUAUCAUGCAUCCAAUUAAGACGUCCAGAAUUGCCAUUCGGAGAUUACGUCGCGCUCAAAAGCCUGGUGUCAUCGUCCAUAUUUCCAGUAUUACGGCGCAGAUUCCCAGUGUUGUGAAUCCUCUUUAUUCGGUCUCGAAGCAAGCGAUCAGCCAGUUUGUGAGAUGUAUGGCACCUUUAGAAGGUCUGGCCGGUAUUCGAGUUGUGGCCGUUGCACCUGGAGUCGUGGAUACUCCCUUGUUCCGCGAUAGCGCCAAGGCUCGGGCGCACAUUGACCUGGAAAACGAUUUCACGCUUCCACCGGAAGAGGUUGUCAAUGCUAUGAUGUCACUUGUCACAAACUCAACGUAUUCUUCGGGAACUAUACUUGAAAUUGGCGAUAUUGGUGGCUGGCGAGAAGUGGAUCUUUUCAAUGAUCCAGGUCCUCAAGGACGAUCAACCCUGCCGAGGCCGAAGGCCAAAGACGCUAUCAAACUUGUUGAAGAUGCAUUAGCGGAUGAUGCAGGGGUAUUCUUAAAGCCACGUCUGUAA